AUGGCCGAGGAAGACAAGUCGACGUCGGCGUGGUACAAGGUGCCGACGUGGGACGGGAGCCCAACGACAUGGCGGGCUUUCCAACGUGAGAUGAACUGGUGGCUCAGCUCCUUGGACGUGGAGUCGACCAAAAAGUUCAAUCUGGCGGCGCGGUGGCUGCUGAGGCAAAGCGGCGUCGUUCGCCAGAGAGGCGAAGAGUUUGCACCGGAAGACCUGGUUUACCAGAAGGAGGUGAAGGCCAAGGACCCCGACGGAGUCGAGAUCGUGGUGACCAAAGAGGAUGCCUUUGCUGGCAUAAAAAAGCUCAUGAACGCUUUGGAGGGCAUCAAUGGCAAGUCGGCGUUGGACAGGAAGGGCGAGCUGCGAAACCAGUUUUAUCUGACAUUGCGGCGCUCCCCAGGCGAGCGGUCGGCUGACUUCCUUAGCCGCUUCAGGGUGCUGACUGCCGAGAUGCGUGCCGAGGGCAUCGACCUCCCCACGGGCGAGCUUGGCUGGUUUCUUCGGGAGAAGUUGGGCCUGGACCCGCUGAGAAAGCAGACCUUCAUGCCUCCGACCCUGUUCCGCAAGCUUGGGGCGGAGCCGCGGGCGGGGCGUCUUCAUGGAGGAGCUCCGGGGCGAGCUCAUGGUCGGGACGGUCCGGGCAGAGCAGUGCUCAGCCGAACCUGGGCGGAAAAGGCCGAGGACGAGACCGUGGAGGAGACCUAUGAGCCGGAAGAGGAACCGCUCUGGCGGCUGAGCAAGACCCGCCUUCAAGAAGUUCGGCGUGAUCGUGGCUUUGGCCGGGCUGGCGGUGGAACCGGGGCUGGACUUGCCAAGCCCAAGGGUGGCGGCCGUGGCGGCGGCUCUCCUUCUUCAUCUUCGGAGCCGAGAGUCAACGAGACGGCCGUGGCUAGUACUCUGGAGCAUGCCUUGGAGAACAUGUGUCCCCGCGAAGAAGGCUACCUUUCGGCACUUCGUGAAAUCCCUUGCUGGGAGGCAGUGCGGCCCCUCCUGGCCACCGAGAUCGAGAUCGAGAACGAGACCUUUAAGUUCGGCAAUGACGGGACAAAGGCCAGUCUUGAGCGGCACCGGCUUCCCAUCACAGUUGGUGACUCCGUUGUCUGUGUGUGGACCAGCGUUGUGGAGGUGCGGUCGCUCGGGCUGUUGCUCGGCAGAGACUUCCUCGAGGCCAUCGGCGGUCACUUCUACUUGGAGCUCCUUCCGAAGACCUUCUCCGAGGACCUUGGCCGGCGGUGGACCAGACAAGGCGCCGAUGGGGUUCUGGAAGUGCAGGUCAGUUGUGCUGAGUGGGCCCGCCGGAGAGUCGCAGCUGUGAAGCCGAGUGUGCAUGAGCAACUUUCCUCUGAAGCUUUGUUGGUGCGUUCGCCGGGUGACCUCUCAAGAUCGAAGGCGUCAGCUGGAGAUUCAGUUCGAUGUGCCGGUGCCGCGCCCUAUGUUGCGAGGACCGGCCGAGGAGCGAGCAGUGCGAGUAUGCCACCGGCUGUGUCGUAUGUGCCUACGGCUCCUCGAAAGAAACCCUCACUUCGCUAUGUGCCCCUGCUGUACAGCAACACACGCUCCUUGGAGGCCAUGGUGAAACAAGGUGCCUUGCCCAGGCGCCAUUACCGAGCAGCCCUCAUGCAGCGCAAGUUCGACGACGUGGGGCUGCUGAAGGACGCUGGGUACUUGAGGGACAGGUACACCAAGGGCGUGAAGGCAGCGAUCCAGAACCAGCUGGUCGAUCGGUUGCGCAAGGAGGCUGCCGAGAAGAAGGCCAAGGGCGAAGAGCUGUUGGUGGUUCUCCUCCAUGUCGAGGUCCAGACCAACGACACCGUCGUGGGCUACCGCAGCCGGCUCCCAGACAGGAGAUUCGCAGGCGGGCUGGACAGCAAGAUCAACCGGAAGUUCGGACAGCCGGCCCAGGACCAGCGCAUGACCGCAAUGGAGCACAUGAUGGCGAUGGCCGGCCACCAGCAUCAUGGGGUCUUGCCCGGGGCAGCGCCUCUCGAUCACUGUGACUGUUGCCGAGGACUGCAGGACCGAGCGCUGACGGCGCCUUUCGUGGCGCCUUCCUUGGAAUGGCCGCUUCCUCUUCGGAGCGGCGUGUGUGACGAGGUGGUUCGAGCAGCGCAAGCCAAGGGCCAUGCCGUGAAGUUGCUGCCGAACCGGGACCGCCCCUACUUUCUACUUCUUCGUGCUGCUGGGCCGUCCCCUUUCCUCAACCUACGCCCGACGGCCAGACCCGCCGCUGAAAAGAAAACUUUGGAUGCCACGGCAAAGGUCAUCCAGCAGGCCUUGGCACACCGGCGGUCUGGCCGGCACUUUCUUUUGGAACUUUUCCCGGCGCUGAUCCGCGGCACACGCCCGAGGCCCGAGGGCCAGGAGCUGAAGGACGAGCCCGGUUUCUGCUCAAAGGGCGGACCGCCGCACGGGGAACGUGACUGCGGGUCGGACUCUGAAGACGGAGCCGUGACGACCGAGGUGGCGAAGGAAGUGCCGGUGUCGGCGGCUGUGAGGCAGGCGGUGCGCCGGCUGCACGAAAACACGGGCCACCGUAGCCCCAAAAGGCUGGCGCGGGCUCUUGUUAUUGCAGGUGCCCCUCUUGAGGCAGUGAUAGCGGCCAAGCAGCUGAGGUGCAGUGUGUGUGAGGAGAAGCGGCCGCCGAAAACACAACGGCCGGCAUCCCUUCCUGCUCCUCAGGAGCCGGGCGACCAGAUCGCCCUUGACAUUUUCGACUCCUUCGACGUUGCCGGGGGCCGGUAUGGGAUCCUUCAUGCGGUUGAUGCGGUGACUCGGUUCCAGAUGGCUGUGCUGGUGGAACACAAGUCGAGUGCUGAAGUGAUCCGGUUCCUGAAGGAGCGUUGGGCACCGGUGUUUGGAACCCCCCGGACCAUUGUGAUGGACCAGGGCCGGGAGUUUGCCAGCCACGAGGUGGAACAAUAUGCCGCGGAGAACAAUGUGUUUCUGCACUUCAUUGCGGUGCAGGCUCCCUGGCAGAAUGGGCUGUGCGAGCGUGUUGGCGGAAUAGUGAAGACGGUGCUGGCGGCAGCGACUGCAUCACAGUCUAAUGGGCGAAGAGGAGAUGAAGACCGGCGGCCGUCGGGAGGCAACCUUUACCUCCUGCGGACGCGCUUGGCAACGGGCGUGCUCCAGAGCGAGGCCGCCACCGUUGGCACCAUCCUGCGAGCCAACGCCCUUGUGAAGGAGUUCAAGGCCACGAGUGAGUUUGCGUUGAAAUUCCGGCCGAUGGACCUGGAGGGCGCGGGCAUCGUGGUAGUUUCGGAUGCCAGCCUUAGCAAUGUCACCAAGGAGGGCUUCGUUGGCGAAAAGCCCUUGGAGAGGGUCUACUCUCAAAGCUGCUACUGCGUCUUGCUGAACGAGAAGAUCGAAGAGGCCUUCGACGUCGGCCAGUACUGUCGUGGGCAUUGGGCCGAAGUGCUUGGCUAUGACCUCUCCUUCAAGAAUGACACCUUCGACAAGACCAACAGCGACACGCCGUCAUAUGGUUCUCAGAAGUCACUGGCUUUCACCAUUGCCUGGCUUCGGGGAAUGGUGGCUAAGGCCAACGUGAGCCUGAAGUGGACGGCGACCUCCAACAUGUUUGUGGACGCCGGGACCAAGGACAUGCCCCAGGACCACAUGAGGUUCGAGGCAGCGAAGUACCCGCUGCGAACCACAUUCGCCUUGUACCACGACCAAAAUGGUCGCGGGGCCUGGAGGCUCCUUGAGAAGGAUGCCUCGUACGGGCGCCAACUGAAGGCCUUAGAUCGCGAGGCGGCUGUUCUGGUGACACUGUUUCGGACCAACAAAGAGAAGGAAACCAAUGUGGAAACAUGA